AUGCGUACAGCCAUAGCUUACACUGUUGUUCCCCAUAUACCCGAACUAAAUGCGUCUACACCCACGAAAGCGUCUAUCGAUCAUCUGAUUGCUGGAUCGCAGGCGAGACGACCCGUCUCCUCUAUGGUCACAUUGCUGCCUCGUUGCCUGCUCAACAUGGGGCAGCCUGGAGGCACGGUUGCACCCGUUGUUCAACCGUACAACCAGGGCGUGGCAGAUCCGACCGGUGGCGCCAACUGUACGCGCCUCCAGUUGCUUGUUCUAGCCUAG